AUGGCUCCCUCGCUUGAAUCUCUAAGUCCAUAUAUGAAUGGCACUUCUACCAUGGGAAACGGAUCAACAAAUGGGGCCAGCUACCCAGUACCAAAACUGGAGUUGCAGCCUGAAAUCACCUCGACAUCAUCCACCAAGGGACAGAUUCACCCGUUCCUUUCUCGUACCUCUGAUGAUGAACUACAUGACCUUAUCUGUGUUGGCUUUGGCCCAGCAUCACUUGCCAUAGCUAUUGCCCUCCACGACCGUCUGUUUGAAAUUGGCCAUGCUCCAGGUACCACCACUCUCCCUAAAGUCUGCUUUUUGGAGAAACAACCGAACUUCGCUUGGCAUUCUGGCAUGCUUCUUCCUGGGUCAAAAAUGCAAAUCUCCUUUAUCAAGGAUUUAGCCACCAUUCGCAACCCCCGAAGCGAGUUUACCUUCCUCAACUACUUACAAGCUCACGACCGCCUCCUUCACUUUGCCAACCUCGGGACCUUCCUACCUGCCCGUGUUGAGUUUGAAGAUUAUAUGAAAUGGUGUGCGAGUAAAUUCGCCAACCUGGUCAGAUACGGAACAGAGGUCCUCGAUGUCACCCCUUCAGAAACCGAUCCUAUAACGGGAAAGGUCCAAUUCUUCACUGUCAGCUCUAAGGACCUAGAGACUGGUGAAAUCACUACCCGCAAGGCCCGUCAUGUAGUGGUUGCUAUCGGUGGAAAGCCAAAUAUCCCAGCGGAAUUCCCAGCUAAUUCGAGAAUUAUACAUUCUUCCGCCUACUGCACCACUCUUCCCAACAUCCUCAACAAUACCCUCAAGGAGUACAGCAUCGCCGUUGCUGGAAGCGGCCAGAGUGCGGCUGAGAUUUUCCAUGACCUCCAAAAGCGAUAUCCUAAUGCCAAAACCAGCCUUAUCAUGCGGGACUCAGCUCUUCGACCGAGCGAUGAUUCUCCAUUCGUCAACGAACUCUUCAAUCCAGAGAGAGUGGACCAGUUCUUUAACCAGAGUGAAAAGGAGAGACAGGUCUUCCUGAACCGUCACCGCUCCACCAAUUACGGUGUUGUUAGACCUGAGCUCAUUGACCAAAUCUACGCAGAUAUGUAUAUCCAGAAAAUUCAAUGCCCAGAUGAAACUCAGUGGCAGCACAAAAUCUUCUCUUCCUGUCUGAUCUCCAAAGUCGAGUCAGGAAAGAGCGAGAAACUCAAUCUGUCACUGCAGCACUGCCAUCCUGAUAACGCCACAACAAACGGAACCCACAAUGAAGAGAUAAAUGCGGAUGCCCUGAUUCUGGCAACUGGUUACUUACGAAACGCACAUGAAUACAUGCUCUCAUCCAUUGAACCUCUCUUAGCUCAAAAGCAUAUGGGGUGGAAAGUCCAGAGAAAUUACAGACUGGAUCUGGAUAAGAAUCAGGUGGACGUUGAUGCUGGGAUCUGGCUGCAAGGCUGUAACGAAUCUACCCAUGGCCUUAGCGACAGCCUCUUAUCCAUUCUAGCAGUCCGGGGCGGGGAGAUUGUUCAGGCGAUAUUUGGUGCCCAGCUUUCCAAUGGAAAUUAG